CUUUACACAUCCUCAUUUAUUUCCACAACCCAUACCCAGGAGCUACAUCAGUGUAGGAGCUCGGGCACCCAUAACACAGCACUCUUGGUAGUGUAGUUACAACUUCCACCUGGGUUAACUCCUUUCCUUCCCAACCAGGAGAAACCUGGCCAAGUCGGGUUCAUCCUGCAUUAUUCGCCUGGCAACCAUAUUAAACUGCAAGGAUAAAGCACCUUUGUCGAGGCUGCUUCUAUUGAAUUACAAUGUAAAUGUUGAUGGUUGCCCUGGAAACAUCGGAUGACCAGGUUUGGGGAGCAGAUGGGAGGUGUUGUUUGCAGCUCUGGAAUCCCAAAUUGAGAUGUGCCUGGGCCAUCUUAAGCGGCCUCACAGCAGGUCGUGCUCCAUCGCGGCCUCCCGACUCCAUCGCCGGGCUCCCGAAAGGAUACUCGCCUCUUUGGAAAUCUGUAAACUACCUGGUAUCUGUUACCCAUCAGGACACGAGACGUGUUUGUUGCGGAUAAGAAUGUUAAAAAUGCAAUUAUGCAACGAAUCUGGCAAUCUCUGUCCUACCUUGCCCCGCCCCCACCCGCGGCACACGGCGACUUUAGUCCCUCCUCUGGCCACUGUCAACAGUUGUCCUCCAGUGGGCAUUCGAUGCCUGGUGCUGAGCUGCGCAUUUGAUUCCGGUUGGCUUGGGAUUUCUGAGCACAGCUCUCUCCCGUCCUUCCGUCUGACCCACAAUCCCCCGUAUUUGCAGACCUGAAAGUCCAGUUUCUCCAGAGGCUGAGGCUCCAGGAAAAGGGGAGCGAGUUCAUUGGAUCAAACAUGUCACAAGAGUCGGACAACAAUAAAAGGCUUGUGGCCUUAGUGCCAAUGCCCAGUGACCCUCCAUUCAACACCCGAAGGGCUUACACCAGUGAGGAUGAGGCCUGGAAGUCCUACCUGGAGAACCCUCUGACAGCGGCCACCAAGGCCAUGAUGAGCAUCAACGGUGACGAGGACAGUGCUGCUGCCCUCGGCCUGCUCUAUGACUACUACAAGGUUCCUCGAGAUAAGAGGCUGCUGUCUGUAAGCAAAGUUGGUGAGAGCCAAGAAGACCAGGAUAAAAGGGGCUGCGUGGGCGCGGGCGAGCCCGUGGGCGGCGCGGGCGUGGAGAGCCGCGUGCAGGUGCUGAAGACGGUGCCGGUGAACCUGAGCCUCAGCCAGGAGCCCGCCGACGGCAAGCGCGAGCCCUUCGCGGCCGAGGGCGCCGCCGUCAUCCCCGUGUCCGGCAUCGCCGUGGUCAAGGCCGAGGACUUCACGCCCGUCUUCAUGGCGCCGCCCGGCCACUACUCGCGCGGGGAGGGCGACGACCAGCGCGUGGUCAUCUUCGAGCAGGCGCAGUACGACCUGGCCGCGCACGGCGCCUACCUCAAGGACGACCAGCGCAGCACGCCCGACAGCACCUACAGCGAAGGCUUCAAGGACAGCGCCGCCGAGAAAUUUCGGAGUGCUUCCGUUGGGGCCGAGGAGUACAUGUACGACCAGACAUCAAGUGGCACAUUUCAGUAUACCCUGGAAGCCACCAAAUCCCUCCGCCAGAAGCAGGGGGAGGGCCCCAUGACCUACCUCAACAAAGGACAAUUCUAUGCCAUCACGCUCAGCGAGACCGGAGACAACAAGUGCUUCCGACACCCCAUCAGCAAAGUCAGGAGUGUGGUGAUGGUGGUCUUCAGUGAGGACAAAAACCGGGAUGAGCAGCUGAAAUACUGGAAGUACUGGCACUCUCGGCAGCAUACAGCCAAGCAGAGGGUCCUUGAUAUUGCUGAUUACAAGGAAAGCUUCAACACAAUUGGAAACAUUGAAGAGAUUGCAUACAAUGCCGUUUCUUUUACUUGGGAUGUAAACGAAGAGGCCAAGAUUUUCAUCACUGUGAACUGUCUGAGCACAGACUUCUCCUCCCAAAAAGGGGUGAAAGGACUUCCUUUGAUGAUUCAGAUUGAUACCUACAGUUAUAAUAAUCGCAGCAAUAAACCCAUUCAUAGGGCGUAUUGCCAGAUCAAGGUCUUCUGUGACAAAGGUGCAGAAAGAAAAAUCCGAGAUGAAGAGAGGAAGCAAAACAGGAAGAAGGGGAAAGGCCAGGCCCCCCAAGCCCCGUGUAGCAACUCCUCUGAUGGGAAGUUGGCCGCCAUACCUUUACAGAAGAAGAGUGACAUCACCUACUUCAAGACCAUGCCCGACCUGCACUCGCAGCCCGUGCUCUUCAUACCCGACGUUCACUUCGCAAACCUGCAGAGGACCGGACAGGUGUACUACAACACAGAUGAGGAGCGCGAAGGUAGCAGUGUCCUCGUUAAACGGAUGUUCAGACCCAUGGAGGAGGAGUUUGGCCCAACACCCACUAAGCAGAUGAAAGAAGAAGGCAUAAAGCGAGUGCUGCUGUACGUGAGGAAGGAGACGGAUGAUGUGUUCGAUGCGCUGAUGCUGAAGUCCCCCACGGUCAAAGGCCUGAUGGAAGCGAUAUCUGAGAAGUAUGGGCUGCCGGUGGAGAAGAUUGCAAAGCUGUACAAGAAAAGCAAAAAGGGCAUCCUGGUGAACAUGGAUGACAACAUCAUCGAGCACUACUCCAACGAGGACACCUUCAUCCUCAACAUGGAGAGCAUGGUGGAAGGCUUUAAGGUCACCCUCAUGGAGAUCUGAGGCCUGGGCCGGCCCCUGCAGGAGCGCCCCAUGCUUCCCGGCGGAGCUGUCCGCCAUUUCCUCUCCCAACUGCUGUUACAAGACCCCGACCAACCGCACUGGGACUCAGUGCCCUGCUGGGACCUAGCCACCGCCCGGGGCUCAUGAGUCCUUAUUUAUUGCUGCCUUCUCCAGAGCCCGGGGCCAGAUGGUCAGACUGCACAGGUCACUGCUGGUUCUGUGGGCGACAGCCCCGAGCCCCUCUGCAGGCACCGGCCACCCCCAGGCCCCAGAGCCAGAAGCCUCUCUCCCUGCUCUCGCUUCUCUGCAGCUCCUGGUGCCUGACCCAGUAGCUAGCUGCACUGGGAGUGGUGAUCACAGGUGGGGCCACAGGGGGGUGCCCUACCCUGACAAACUCGUGGCCCUUUGAGGGGUCAUCCUGCUAGAACCCUGCAGUGAGCAAGCAGCUGCUGGCCCUGUCUGGG